GCUUAUGUUUCGUUUCUUUUUCCCGUCCCCCCCUCCUCCCUUCGUCGCGAGCGCAGACGGUUCCUCCGGAAAAAAAAAAGGCGCCGCCGCUCCCUUCCUGUCGCACGCGCUAGGCUAGGGUUCCGCCCGGCCCCUGCGGCGGCGCAUCCCGGCCCCUGCGGCAGCGCUUCCUGGCCCCGGCGGCGGCGGAUCCCUGCAUCUCGGCCGAUUCCGCCCAUCCCCGGCGGCGGCGGAUCCCAUCUCCUCCUUCGGCGCGAGCUCGAGGGUGCAGGCGGCGCGAGGGUCCGGUCCCGCUGCUCCCCUCCCGGCGCGGCGGUGCGAGGGCGGCAGCGGCCCCCCUCCGGCCCCUCUCCGCCCCUCCCGCGGCGCGAGGGCGCCAGGGCCCAGGACCCCGCCGCCGGCCCCGCCUCCCCUCCCCGGCGUGGCAGCGCGAGGGCGGCAGGCUCUGCUACCCCUCCAGGCUUUGCUCGUGCACCCCCUCCAGCCUCGAUUGCCAACGGUGGAUGUCGAUUGGUUGCAUAGUUGAAGACUAACUUCUUUGAUCCUGAGGGGAAGAAGUAAUGAUCCGCCCAGGCUCUAAGGAGUCACAAAAUUAUGAUAAUAAUAACCAAAAAGUUCAUCCUCAACCAAUUGAUGAGAAUAUGAAUCAGAACGGGGACUCAAUGGACACUAUGAUCGGGAGGAUAUUCAACAACAUAUCCUCUUUGAAAUCUGCAUACAUUCAACUGCAAGAAGCCCACACCCCAUAUGACCCUGACAAGAUCCAGGAAGCUGAUAAGCUUGUCAUAGAGGAGCUUACAAAGCUUUCAGAACUCAAGCAUGCUUACAGAGAAAAAAAUCCCAAGCCUGUAGCAGCAUCCCCUCAAGAUUCAUGCUUACUUUCUGAAAUACAAGAGCAGCAGAAUUUGUUGAAGACCUAUGAGGUCAUGGUAAAGAAGUUCCAGUCCCAGACCCAGACUAGAGAUACUGAGAUUACCCAUUUACAGCAGCAAAUCGAUGAAGCUAAACUCCGAAAGUCAAAGCUGGAGAAGAAACUGAAACAAAGGGGCCUGCUUAACAAGGAAUCAGAGGAAUCUGAUGAAGAGGAGAACUACUUUUCCAUUGAAUUGACACCAAGUUUGUUUACAUCUGCUGUUGAUAAUGCAUACCAGUCGAUGCAUGACUUUUCAAAGCCUUUGAUAAACAUGAUGAAGGCUGCAGGUUGGGAUCUUGAUGCAGCUGCUAAUGCAAUCGAACCUGCUGUAGUUUACACAAGAAGGGCUCACAAGAAGUAUGCUUUUGAAUCCUAUAUUUGCCAAAAAAUGUUCAGUGGGUUCCAAGAAGAGAGCUUUUCUAUCAAAGAUUCUAACAUCAGCGUAUCCAAUGAGGCUUUCUUCCAUCAGUUCCUUGCAGUACGAGCCAUGGAUCCUUUGGACGUCCUGAGCCAAAACCCUGAUUCAAUUUUUGGCAAGUUCUGCAGAAGCAAAUACCUACUACUCGUGCACCCCAAAAUGGAAGGUUCUUUCUUCGGCAAUAUGGAUCAGAGGAACUAUGUCAUGAGCGGUGGCCAUCCAAGGACACCUUUCUAUCAGGCUUUUCUAAAGCUAGCGAAGUCGAUAUGGUUAUUGCACAGGCUGGCAUACUCCUUCGAUCCAAAGGUCAAGGUCUUUCAAGUGAAAAAGGGCAGUGAACUUUCGGAUAUCCACAUGGAUAGCGUUGUGAAGAACAUCAUCCUAGACGAAGGUGCAGAGAGGCCAAAAGUUGGCCUGAUGGUGAUGCCUGGUUUCUUGAUUGGGAACAGUAUCAUACUGUCCCGGGUUUACCUUUCAGGUGUCAAGUGUGCUGACUGACUGAAGAUGCCCUGCACCAGUUACACCAGGAGGUUGAGGGUCCUUGCAUCUUUGGGAGAUCGACCAAUAUGUCUUUGUGUCUGUCUUGUAUGUGAUGCUUCCUGUCGUCUCUCCAACAUGCUAGUCCUCUUGAAAUGUGGGCAUCAAUGCCUUUGUGAAGAUAUCCAUGAGCUUUAUAAUUCUGUCCAAUUACCUUUUGUCGUUUUCAGGACUAUAAUAUAUUUUGGUUUCUCAAUGUUUGUGCUAUUGUAAUUCUGCCCGAUGUCAUAAACAUGUAAUCAGUGUGAUUGAUGAUUGUACAGGCAGCCACUUUCAUCUCA